CCGGGCUGUGGGAUAUGUGAUCCAGCCCCUCCCCGGCGCAGAAUAAAUCGCUGAUCUCAUGCCCUGCGCGGCCGCAGCCCUCGGGCUCAGCCGCGGGACUCGCUCCAGGACGCCCCCCAGCCAUGACGUCAUACCGGCAGGAGCUGGAGAAGUACCGGGACAUCGACGAGGACAAAAUCCUGCAGGAAUUGUCCCCCGAGGAACUGGCCCAGCUGGACAUGGAGCUGAUGGAGAUGGACCCCGAGGUGGGCUCGGGGACAGCACAGGGAGGGAAGGGGGGGCCCUGGGGACAGCGGGGACCCCCACGGGUGACACUGGGGGUGUGUCCCCCCCCCCUCCCCAGAACGUGCUGCUGCCCGCGGGGCUGCGACAGCGGGACCAGACCCAGAAGAGCCCCACGGGCCCCCUGGAUCGGGAGGCGCUGCUGCAGCACCUGGAAAAGCAGGCGCUGGAGGCCGAGGAGCGCCAGGACCUGGUGCCCUUCACGGGCGAGAAGAAAGGGAAGCCGUUCGUGCCCAAGAACCCGACGCGGGAGAUCCCCCGGGAGGAGCAGAUCACGCUGGAGCCGGAGCUGGAGGAGGCCUUGGCCAACGCCACCGAGGCCGAGAUGUGUGACAUCGCCGCCAUCCUGGGCAUGUACACCCUGAUGAGCAACAAGCAGUACUACGAUGCCAUCUGCAGUGGGAACAUCUCCAACACCGAGGGCAUCAACAGUGUGGUCAAGCCCGACUCGUACAAACCGGUGCCGGACGAGCCCCCGAACCCCACGGACGUGGAGGAGACGCUGCGCAGGAUCCAGGAGGACGACGCGGCCCUGGAGGACGUGAACCUCAACAACAUCAAGGACAUUCCCAUCUCCACGCUCAAGGCCAUCUGCGAGGCCAUGAAAAGCAACACCCACGUCAAGAGGCUCAGCCUGGUGGCCACCAGGAGCAACGACCCCGUGGCCCACGCGGUGGCCGAGAUGCUGAUGGAGAACAAGACCCUGCAGAGCCUCAACCUCGAGUCCAACUUCAUCACGAGCGCGGGGAUGAGGAGCAUCAUCCAGGCCGUGCCCCACAGCCCCGCCCUGGCCGAGCUGCGCGUCGACAACCAGUGCCAGCGCCUGGGGGACACGGUGGAGAUGGAGAUGGCGGCGAUGCUGGAGCGCUGCCCCUCCGUGGUGCGGUUCGGGUACCACUUCACCCAGCAGGGCCCCCGCGCCCGCGCCGCGAUCGCCAUCACCCGCAACAACGAGCUCCGUCGGAGGCAGAAGAAAACCUAAACCACCCAACCCCUCCCUCCAGGAAUGAGAGACCUCUGGGAACGCUGGAAAUAAAAGCUGGAAAG